AUGUAGGUAAUUUAAAAAAAAUAUCUAAAAUACUCAGUUCAUAGCUGCACUGAGAAGAUUUUGACUUUCUUUGGGACUUCACAGUUCCAGUGCGGCCCAGCGUAAAAAGUAGAAAAUAGUCUAUUGCCAAUAUGGCCGCCAAGACACAAGUGAUUCGACCGCAAGCGUCAAGUGAUGGCGUUUAGAAAUAAACUUUUGUAAAUAGUGUUUUUAAGUAAAUUUAAUGUCAGAAAUUUUUUGAUAACAUAAACAUAAUAUGAGUAGAUACUACGAUUACGGUAACGCGAUAUCAUGGACCAGUCAGGCACUGUCGUCCGGCAACGUAGGCCCUGGUGGCUCUCAAGGCAAGGACCCUUUGGCGCCGGUCGUUCCUAACUCGCGCAACAUGUACCAGCAUCCCGCCGUUAGCGGCUACAAUCCACAGGAUACACGAUCGCAAACAAUGCCAGUCUCGGCACGGCAAAACCCGCUGUAUGCGGGCGCCAUGUACCACGGGUAUGGCGGAGCGGCCGGGCCGGCGGCUUUGGCGCCAAUGCCUUCGCCGUCACCUACCACGCCGCUACCGCCUUUUCCCGUGCACCCCGACGUCAAAUUUAAAAAGUUACCGUUUUACGACGUGCUAGCAGAGUUAAUGAAACCUUCAACGAUGAUGCCGGUACAGGCGGGACGAAUGCAGGAGAGCACGUACAUAUUCCACCUGACCCCGCAGCAGGCGACCGAGAUAGCGACCGGCAAGGACAUCGUCGGCACCAGCAACAAACUUGAUUACAUAAUACAGGCUCAAUUGCGGUUUUGUUUGCUGGAGACUUCAUGUGAACAAGAGGACCACUUCCCUCCUAGCGUUAAUGUCAAAGUCAAUAACAAGAUGUGUCCGCUACCAAAUCCAAUACCGACCAAUAAGCCAACUCCAGAACCAAAAAGGCCACCGCGUCCAGUAAACAUAUCGUCGCUCGUGAAGCUGUCGCCCACGGUCUCCAACACGAUCCAGGUGACGUGGGCGGCGGACUUUACACGAGCUUACGUGUUGAGCGUCUUCAUGGUGAAAAAGCUCACGUCUGCAGAGCUACUACAGCGGCUGAAGAACAAGGGCACCAAAAAUCCAGACUACACUAGAUCCUUAAUAAAAGAGAAGCUGUCCGAGGACUACGACAGCGAGAUAGCGACGACGUCGCUGCGCGUGUCGCUGAUGUGCCCGCUCGGCAAGAUGCGCAUGUCGUGUCCGUGCCGGCCCGCCAACUGCCCGCACCUGCAGUGCUUCGACGCGUCGCUGUUCCUGCAGAUGAACGAGCGCAAGCCGACCUGGCUGUGUCCGGUGUGCGACCGCGCCGCGCCCUACGACUCGCUCGUCGUGGACGGCUACUUCCAGGAGGUGCUGACGUCGCCGCGCCUGGCCGCCGACUGCAACGAGAUCCAGCUGCACGCCGACGGCAGCUGGUCCGCGCACGCGCCGCCCCGCGCCCCGCAGCCCCUGCAGCCCGCGCCAGAACCCGUCACGCUCAUACCAGAUGAUCUUGAAGUUAUCCCAGUAGACAGUGGCGGUAGCGGAGCGAAACGCGCGGCCGUCGGUGAGAAUCGAGCAGUUAAACCCGCAACCGAAGUUCUGGUUGAUCUCACUUCAGAUUCUGAAGACGAAUUGCCGUUGAAGAGGAAAGUGCCGCAGCCGAAGCCGACGCCCCCGGUCUCCGAGUCCAGCAUCAAGAGCGACGACAAUUACUCUUCUUCCAGUGCUGUCGAGGCGGUGUCGUCGAGCGGGUACCGGUCCCCGGGCGGCGCGGCGGCCGUCAUCUCCCUGGACAGCCCCUCGCCGCCGGCGCACGAGCCUCAGGUCUCCAUCACGCCCAUCGAACGAUGUACGAGCAAUAACUCUGAGCGUGAAGACAACGAUACCACACCUACACACUGGGCGCCCUACGCCGACAGCGACAGAGACGACGCGUACAGAAAAUACUGACUAAGGGAGAAGAAUGGCGUCGCGUAUGUCAGUGGCCAUUCUUCAGAAGAAGACCAGGAGCCCUCGUACCCGGAGGUGCCAUUAUUGUCGCUGUGAGCGCAAUGCCGCCAACAUUAAAGAAAUGUGGCCUGAUUUCGUCUAAUACUACGGAAUUAUGUUAAAUUAAUCUGGACAUUAUACGUACGUCCCCGUGAGGACUAAAUGUGUGUGCCGACAAUUGCUUCACGCAUCGCGUAUUAACCACAAUCUGUGAACUGAAAAUCGAAUCUAAAUCUAAAUGAACUAUGCCCGUUAUGAGCAGAUGUAAUAUGCAGAACGUGGAGGUAUCUCUCCUGACUGGCUAUAGACACUAAAAGCUAUUGUAUUCAAAUAGUUCGAUCUCUGAGCGAUUUGAAAUGUAAAUAUUACACUAGAUUUGUAGCAAGAAGUAGCCUAUAAUGAUGUCUAGAAGUGUUUUUAUGUGGACAGGAGAUUGUCUUUAUAGUUUAAAGCAUUCUUUUAGAGUGUGUUCUAUCUUUUUAUUUAUAAUGCUCGCGGGAACGUAGUGAAGGUAGUUUGUUUCUUAAGUUCGUAUAUUUUACAUUGAAAUCUAUACAAGUCACAUUAAUAUCCAUAGUCACUUUUAAAUUGUUUUUGUCAUGAAAAACACUGUUAUUUUCACUAAAGACAAAAAAUUAGUUAAUUGUAAAUUAUUUGAAACAUUGGAAAUUUUAUAAUAACCGAUAUUUCUAAUAGCUAAACCGGAAAUUUAAUUGUAAGUGUUUAAAUUUCAACUAUGAAUGCAAUAAAACUUUGUACAUUAUUUCAGAAUGACAUGGUUCGAAAUUAAUAUGCAAAAAAUAGCUGUAAUAUUAGCAAUAGUAAUUAAAUUGGAAGUUAAGUUGACUGGUGGAUAAUGACUGUGUGUUGGUUGCUGUCAUUAUUGGUAUGAAUUUUGAAAAAAAAAAAACCUUUUGUGGAGCAUGACAUUAAAUAAUGAUAUUAAAAAUGUUAGUCUUGUUAUCAAAGAUUUCAAUUAAAAUAAAUGUGUACCUGUAAUUUAAAUAUGUAUUUUUAAAGAUCUUUCUAUUCUCCAUGUAACACACUCUAAGAUAGAAGUUAAAUUAUUUAUUAAUAAGUUAGACAUUAAAAUGAGAUCGUUGGUGUUUUACAGAAUUGCGAUAACUUCCAAAAAUGUAUUGAUAAAAGAAAUGAAUGUAACUGGUUAAGUAUGUAACAGCGAAAUAAAUGUAAAUAUUCUGA